CGGUAACGCAGGCGGACUCGGCGCGGCGGGGGCGCGCGCCAUGGCGCAGGGCUCGGCGCGGGGCCCCUUUCCGGGCCCCGACUACUACGAGAAGCUGGGCCGCCUCCAGGGCGCGCUGAGGGACAGAACUAAACUGAAGUAUAUAAAACUAAAGAAAUACCUGAAAGAAAUAUGUGAAUCAGAAAGAAAGGCUCAUGUUCGAAACCAAGAAUAUUUAAAACAAUGUCAUCAGAUUCAGCUCCAUAUUGGAAGCUUCACCAGAAAUACAGACAGACUUCAGAAAAUGAAGAUGGAAUGUGAAGCUCAAAUAAAGAAGAUACACCUAUUGACAAAAAAUAGCCUGGGAGUGAAAGGCAUACUCCAAGACAAUCAAGAAAAGGCACUGCAAGUUGUGAAGCCAUCAGGAAUUAACAUGGGGACAGCCAUGUCAAGAGGAUUGUAUCAUCCAGCAACAAUCUUUAUGGGCCGCCAAAUGCCAACCAUCUCAAGCACUGGAGAUUUCAGUACACAGCGGAAAUCUUCCCAGCCCACAAAGAGCUUUUCAAUUUCUGACCCACAUUCAUGCCAACAGACAGCAGAGAGAAGUAAUGUGACAGACAGCUAUGGAGUACAAAUGAAUAGUGAUACACAGUGCUUAAAUAAGUCUGACAAAAUAGAUGGAAAGACAUCUCUUCAGAUUGCUGAGAAAAUGCCAGUCACAUCCACAGCAUUGUCUGAGGUUGAACAAACUCAUUGCUUAGAGAUAGUAAGCAACACAAAUAAUGGCAAGAGUCAUUUACCCGAAAGCAAAAAGUCUGCAAAACUCAAUUCUCUGUUGCAGGAAAGAUUAAGUCCAGAGGACAGAACCACUGAUUUGAAGGGUGACAGUUCUUACAGAUCAGAGGGAUCAGAAGGAAUAGUGACACAGGAACAUAUUGAAAGAAAGAAAGAAAAAACUAAACAGCCAGUUCCACUGGUACCUGUCCCUGAAUAUUGUGCCUCUGAAAAUGCACAGUCAGAAGAAAAUCAUUGUGCUUGGGAAACUCUCUCAGAUCAUCAUCAAGACCUAAAAAAUCAGAGGCCCACCAAACACAUGCAGAAGCAUGAAGAGGAAAGUUUAAGCAGUGACAGUGACCUUACUGUUUCUGUGAGUGAAGAUGAUCCGAUUAUCAGUACUACAGAACUACACCCCAAUCUGGGUGACAAGGUUGAUGAAGUAGAUGGAAUAGAGGCCUUAAAACCAAUCUGUGCUGAGCAAGAGAGAGAUGCCCUAUCUGCUGAAAAAAAUAAUUGUGUUUUGCAAACUAUAAUCUCUCAUGCCUCGGAAAAGGAAUCCUCGGCUAAUUCACCAACAAGAGAGAAUUAUUUGACAUUCAAAGGAUUCUCCUAUCUGUUACAGUUCAUAGAAAACAAGUUAGCCCAAGAAAGCCUGCAGUCUGUGGAACUCUAUCAAAAAGCGAUCAUAGAUCAAGAAAGGUUUAACUUGCUAAUAAGCCUUUGUAAUCAGACUGACAUUUUGAAAGAAGAAGACCUUGAAGCAUGUGGAGCAGUUGUCCUUCACCAGCUUCAGAGAUUGUUACGGCACACAUCCACUAAAUGCCUCUUACCUGAGGAAGCUCUUAUUGACAGAGGUAGUAGUGUGGGUGAAAAGCCAGUCAGCUCUGAAGAACUAUCUAACUCCAGCCCAUUAAGAGAGCAGUUAUCAAAGCAUGUUUCUGCCUUGAAAAAACACAAUAUCUCUCUCAAAGGAGAAGUAGCCAAGAUGUUUGAUGUCUUGAUAGGAGAAAACAGUAACCAGAGUUCCAUGGCUACAGCAUUAUUGAAAAAAGCCCUUACAGAAGAGUGUGAAGAUAGGUCGUCUAUUCACAGUAAUGAAUCAUCUUGCAGCUUGCCAUCUAUUCUGAAUGACAAUAGUGAAAUAAAGCAAGCAAAACAUGCUCAAUGGCUUGACAGCAUUGGUACAAGGAAACAAGAAGUCACUAGUGUAUGUGAAGAUGAGAGCAAGGAAGAAAGCUUGGUAGAAAAGAUUCCUAUUACAGAAACAAAAGCAUAUCAAUUAUUGAAGCAGUCCACAUUACAAAAUAAUGAAAACCAAAUUGAAGAAAGAUACCAAAAGGAAAAAAUGGGAGCUGUGUCUGAAUUGCAAUUGGCGGGCUUGAAUAUUGGCAGCAGUACUUUCAAGACAAAGACAAGUAACGAAAUCGGUUCAGAAGCUAGUUUUUCAUCUAGUGAAGGAAGUCCUUUGUCAAGGGAUGAAAGCAAGAGGAAAAUAACAACCAAUUUAAAAUCAAAAGCUUUUUGGGGAGAAUCUGAUGAUAGCAACUCUGAAAUUGAAGCUGCUUUACGUCCUAGAAACCACAACACCUCUAUUGUUGAUUUUGAUGACUUCUACGACUAACAAACGUCACCUUCUUAGAACUGAAAAGAUUUUAAAUAAAAAUAUCAAGUUUCAAAUUGUAA